AUGGAUCAGAAUGCUGGCAACUGGCAAGAAAAAAGUACGGAACGAGGACAUAAGGAAAAGGACUCCUUGCAAAAGGAUAUAAACGUUUCUCAAAGCCCGGCGUACAAGAGGGGAGCUCUUCUUCUGACCAGCUCAAACUACCCGACAACAUCCAAAACAGGACCCGGUGAAAACGAAAGCUCGGAUAGCGGUCUGCCUUUCUUCUCCGACGGAGACUUCAAGACGGAAGGGCCCGUUUAUGAGGCUUACGCUCAGGUGUUUGAAGAUAAAAGAUACAAUGGCACGAGUUCGACAUUUAGACGGACCGAAGGUGUUCUCUGUGUCAGCGAAAACGACGCGAUUAACGAAGAACUCGCCGCAAUAGCCACCCUAAAACUGACAACUGAUCAAUGCGUGGGCAUGCGUGAAACAAAAAGUAACCCCAUAAGCAAAAUACUAUUUUGGGACGAUUGCGACGAAAGUGAAAACGCGUGCAAGGUUGGAAACAAUUCGAAACCCAGGCCAUUUAAAAGUGAUACCGAUUACUAUAAUAAACACAUUAAAGAUACUACUUUUGUUUAA